GGUUUUAACACAACCAUUUUCGCUCUCAAAUCUUCUCUCCACUCUCCUUCUCCCCCCAAGAUCUGUAUUUCGAUCGGAUCGAAGAAAGCUUAAACCUCGAAAAUGGCGCUGGCGUUCGACGAGUUCGGGCGUCCGUUCAUUAUACUGAGAGAGCAGGAUCAGAAGACGCGUCUCAGAGGCAUCGAUGCUCAGAAAGCCAAUAUCGCCGCCGGCAAAGCGGUGGCUCGGAUCCUCCGUUCCUCUCUCGGACCCAAGGGAAUGGACAAGAUGCUCCAGGGACCUGACGGAGACGUCACCAUCACUAACGAUGGUGCGACGAUCUUGGAGCAAAUGGAUGUUGACAACCAGAUUGCGAAGCUUAUGGUUGAGCUGUCACGGAGUCAGGAUUAUGAGAUUGGUGACGGCACAACGGGUGUUGUUGUCAUGGCUGGUGCGCUUCUGGAGCAAGCUGAGCGUCAAUUGGAUAGAGGGAUUCAUCCUAUACGUAUCGCUGAAGGAUACGAGAUGGCUUCUAGAGUGGCUGUUGAGCAUCUUGAGCGUAUAUCUCAGAAGUUUGAGUUUGAUGUUAAUAAUUACGAGCCUUUGGUUCAAACAUGCAUGACUACUCUGUCCUCGAAGAUUGUGAACCGAUGCAAGCGCAGUUUAGCUGAGAUUGCUGUGAAGGCAGUUCUUGCUGUUGCUGAUUUGGAGAGGAGGGAUGUUAACUUGGAUCUGAUCAAAGUAGAGGGCAAAGUCGGGGGGAACUUGGAGGACACUGAGCUUAUAUAUGGAAUACUGGUUGACAAAGACAUGAGUCAUCCACAAAUGCCGAAGCAGAUUGAAGAUGCCCACAUUGCUAUUUUGACUUGCCCCUUCGAGCCGCCGAAGCCAAAGACUAAGCAUAAGGUGGACAUUGACACAGUGGAGAAAUUUGAGACUUUGCGCAAGCAAGAGCAGCAAUACUUCGAUGAGAUGGUUCAAAAGUGCAAGGAUGUUGGAGCUACACUUGUUAUUUGCCAAUGGGGAUUCGAUGAUGAGGCAAACCAUCUAUUAAUGCACAGGAAUUUGCCUGCUGUUAGAUGGGUCGGGGGUGUUGAAUUAGAACUUAUCGCAAUAGCCACAGGUAUGCCAUUUCUGCAAGCAUCUACUGCUAAUGAUUUCAUCAGUUUUGUAGAGCUGAUAGAAUAUUUUUUUUAUGUAGGCGGCAGAAUUGUUCCAAGAUUCCAGGAGUUGACCCCAGAGAAGUUAGGGAAGGCUGGCAUGGUCCGUGAAAAAUCAUUUGGCACAACAAAAGAGCGAAUGCUGUAUAUUGAGCACUGUGCGAACUCAAAAGCUGUCACUAUAUUCAUCCGCGGAGGUAACAAGAUGAUGAUAGAAGAAACAAAGCGUAGUAUCCACGAUGCUCUGUGUGUUGCAAGGAAUCUCAUCCGCAAUAAGUCAAUUGUAUAUGGAGGUGGUGCAGCUGAAAUCGCAUGCUCACUUGCGGUUGAUGCAGCUGCUGAUAAAUACCCUGGCGUCGAGCAGUACGCAAUAAGGGCAUUUGCAGAAGCGUUGGACUCUGUACCUAUGGCUCUUGCAGAGAACAGUGGAUUACAGCCCAUUGAGACACUCUCUGCGGUUAAAUCUCAGCAACUUAAGGAGAACAUUCCUUUCUAUGGGAUAGAUUGCAAUGACGUGGGAACAAACGAUAUGAGAGAGCAAAACGUGUUUGAAACAUUGAUCGGGAAGCAGCAGCAGAUAUUGCUUGCAACUCAAGUCGUUAAGAUGAUCCUUAAGAUCGACGAUGUCAUCUCCAAUUCUGAAUACUGAUGAUGUACUGCCGGAACCUUUGUACUAUCCUUUGGCCUCAUGUGUCUUUUUUUUUGUUAGCUUUCUAUUGGCUUUUGACACUACUCGACAACACUGUUUUGUUCCCCCUUGGCAAGCUUUUAUUUUAAGAACAUCAAUUUUGUGUUCCUGAUUUUGGUUUUAUCCCACUGUUUGUUUUU